AUGACUUCGAGCCCAAAUUCACUGGAAGAUACUCAUUUAGACGACAGCUAUGUUUUGGUCGAUGGAUCUUUGCCAGGGUCCCCAAAUCUAGAAGAUGUUGAGCAGAUGGUUGUAUUGAACGAUCAAGAUGAACUUGAAAGCCUGGGAGAUGAGCCUUACUACGAAAUGGCAGUACGGGAAAUCGCUCGGGGUGAUACAUACACAUGUAUGAUCUGUACUGUUGAGAUGGACUAUACGUGUCGCAUGUAUGGCUGUCCUGAAUGCUAUCGUGUGUUUGAUUACGAUUGCAUCCGUGAAUGGGCCCUCAAGUCCACGCAGAAAAGUGCCAGUAACACUUGGAAGUGCCCCAACUGCUAUUUUGAGAGCCGCGAUGUGCCCUUGAAAAAUAGGCCCUCCUGCUGGUGUGGCAAAACCGUUCAUCCGGAUGCAAAUCCUUUAGAUCCAAAUAGUUGCGGUCAAACUUGCGAUGCUCCGGUUUGCGUACAUGGAUGCUCCAAGACAUGCCACCUGGGACCCCAUCCAGUAUGUAUGCGAAUGGUGGAGGUUGACUGUCUCUGUGGAAAACAAAAAAAAGACGUUAUUUGCUCGGAGGCCUCCGAGCACCGGGGAUUUUACCGUUGUCAAAAACCUUGUGGACUUUUACUCCCUUGCGGGAAACACACCUGUCAAAAAGUGUGCCAUACAGGAUUUUGUGGCGAAUGCCCUGAAACUUUACAUCACAAUGUAAAAUGUUAUUGUGGUACGAGCUCUAAAGAAUCCAUGGCAUGCAAAGAUGUUAUGGUUCAGGGCAAAUCUCAUGAUAACUCUAGGCAGGAAUGGAUAGGUGUUUUCCCCUGUACCACCAUGCGAACAAUCGAGUAUAAUUGUGGUAAUCAUUCUUUCACAGAGAUUUGUAAAGCACCCCCGUCCUUAAACGGACGUAUUCCCUGUCCAUUCGCGCCAAAGAAUCUCAAGACGUGUCCUUGCGGUAAAAAUCCGCUCAGAGACCUAAACAUAGAACGUAUGGACUGCACAGAUCCUAUACCAACUUGUGAUUCGAUAUGCGGUAAGCUGUUGAAAUGUGGAAAGCACACUUGUCCAUUUCAAUGUCAUACGGGCGAGUGUAUGCGAGAUUGCACAUGCACUGACAAGAAACCAUGCUCAUGCAAGGCCAGAAAGUACUUGGUUCCUUGCAAAUAUGAGGGAGAUCCAAGGUGCACAACAAAAUGCGAAUCAUUGAUGUCUUGUCGACGCCAUCGUUGUGCAGAGAGGUGUUGCGAAGGACGAGAAUUGGCGCGGCAGCGUGAGAAGAAGACUUUCCUAACCCGUGAUAAACUAGAUGAGUCCCGCGUCGAGGCUUACCAUAUUUGUCUCAAGCAGUGUAAUCUCAAAUUAGCAUGCGGCCGUCAUUUUUGCCCACGAAAAUGUCAUCCUGGAAACUGUCCGCCAUGUCUGGAAAGCGAUUCCAAUGACUUGGCCUGUCCUUGUGGUAAAACGGUAAUUCCUGCUCCUGUUCGUUGUGGUACCACACUUCCACGGUGCUUCCACCCCUGCAUCAAGACUACUCAAGGUCUAUCGGUCUGUGGACAUCCUCCAAUGCCUCACUUUUGUCACCCGCUAAGUGGGCCCUGUCCCUCAUGUACAGCUCCAGUUUUCAAAAAGUGUAAAUGUGGGAAGAGCGAUAAAGUCAGAACGUUAUGCCUCCAGGACGACGUUUCUUGCGGACGCAUUUGUGGUGAAAAGCUACCGAACUGCCGACACCUUUGUCAAAAAGCAUGCCACUUAGAAGGUCAACAUCAGGAAAAUUGUAAGCAGGUUUGUGGUGCUAUAAAACCAUCUUGUGGCCACCCGUGCAAGUUCAGAUGCCAUGCAGGCACCGCAUGUCCCGAUAAACCCUGCAGUAGCGACGUACAAAUACGGUGCCAUUGUGGACAUAGAAGUAGUCACAAAAUUUGCGGCGCUAAUUCUUCACAAUUGUCCGCCUCGGAAGCUGUUUUAGAAUGCAAUGAAGAAUGCGAUACAGCUCGCAGACGUGCGGAAUUGAUGGAAGCUUUUGGUGUUGGGGAACAUGAAAUGAGAACAUCAUCAUGGCUCUACGAUUUACAACGCUUGGCGGAAAUCGCGCUCACUUUCCAAGAACUACAGAUACCGUUUACAGAGGCGACAUUAUCCAUUUUUGCAAAGCAAAGUGGCUGGUGCAGCCAGAUCGAAGCGACAUUGAUCAAGCUACUGCAAGAUAAAGACAGACCAAGCCUGCAUUUCAAGCCCAUGAAGCCACCGCAGAGACAUUUCAUAUACGAGCUUGCCCAGGCUUUCAACCUAUACUGCGAGUCGCAAGACCAAGAACCAAAAAGGUCGUGUUUCGUGAAGAAGACUGCGGCUUCCAACAUACCUGUACUUUCUUUGACAGAGGCUCUUCCGCUGUAUCAGUCUUUCAAAGCUGCUCAAAAAGAACGGAAGCUUAAGGAGAUGGAAAAGUCCACUACAACAAGAAUUCUGAAUUACAACGCUGAUCAGGAUAAGAUUGUACCUCCUGUAGCCAAGAUAAAUGGUUUACUGGUGCGUGGUGUCUUUACAGGAAUAGACGAGAAAACAAUCGAGGCCAAGAUACGCCCAAUUUUGAAGCAUACGUUGCUCAAAGGUUCAUUGUUUGCAAGACUUACAUCUGGGGAUAUUCUCGUGUUCAUUGAAAAGUACGCAGAAGCAAGUCCCAACGUUGAGUCCGACAUUGAACGUAUUUUAGGGCAUAUAAAUGCUUUCGUUCAAGAAGAAUUACUAGCUGAUAACGUCGUGUGCUGUGAAGUUGGUGAAGUAUUACAAACUCAUGAAAUGACAUUAGACACUGUGCUAGAAAAGAUUCUCGCAAACGACAAGGAUAGCCUGGAAGUAGUGUAA